AUGCUCCAAAAACGAGCAUUAUUCGCUACGAGGGUCAACCACAAACCACAUCUCUACUUACAAGCCGACGGAAAACAGCAGAAAACAGGAAACAGUUUUUGGGGUCGUCGCAGUCAUGUUUCUGCUUUUUCUGGCCUCCUCAGUUUGUUAUUUGUAAUUGUUACCUCUCUUUUCGUGCUCUUUCUUUGCAUCUGCCUCGAGCAUUUCGAUGGCUCUUUACGGCAGGGCUUGUUUGAGCUACUAGUACACUCAUCCCCGACAACCCUCUUUCGACGCUAUCUUCCUCAAAUAUCCCAUGGCCAUGUGAUGGCGUAUGCAAGCUGGGUACUUUUUCAGGCUCUGUUGUACUCCCUUCUCCCAGGGAAAACCGUCUAUGGGCCACCAACACCGGGGGGCAAUACACUGCCCUACCGGAUGAACGGACUGCUGUCCUGGGGUAUCACAGUUGGUGCAGUCUUCCUGGCCGCUUGUAUAGAAGGUGCUGAGAUAGUUGCAAGCUUAGCUCAAAAUUGGGCAGCGGUGUUAGCCGCAGCGAACGUCUAUGGGCUGGCGGUGCCAGCUCUGGCUGUGGCGAAGGGUCACAUAUGGCCGACCUUUGAGAAUGACCGGAGGUUUAGCGGUUCCAUCUUUCAUGAUUUUAUGGUUGGAAUUGAACUGAAUCCCCGACUGGGUCGGCACUGGGAUCUGAAGAUGUUCCAAGUUGGCCGUCUAGGAAUGAACUCAUGGGUGGUGAUCGACCUGUCUUUCAUGGCCCAACAAUACCUCCGCUACGGCACAAUCUCUAACUCAAUCCUAAUUGUGAUCAUUCUCCAUGCCAUAUACUUCUUCUUAUUCCACGCACUGAGCAUACCGAAUAUUGCCCAUGAUCACUUCGGUUUCACCCUAGCCUGGGGCACUGCCGUUUGGUUACCCAUGGUCUAUACUGUGCAAGCCCAGUACUUGGCAUUACAUCCAGUUGACCUCUCUUCAUUAGCAUUCGGUGCAAUCCUUAUAACAGGUUUCUUGAGCUAUGUGCUAUUCCGUCUCGCCAACCACCAGAAACAUCAUUUCCGACAAACGAAGGGCAACUGUCAGAUUGCCGGCAGCAAGCCUCGCACCAUCAGGGCUCAGUAUACUACAGCGAAAGGGAAAGUCCAUGAGACAUUUUUGCUGUGCUCUGGUUGUUGGGGAAUCGUGCGCCAUCCCAACUACGUUGGUGACAUUGUUUUCUCUUUCUGCACAUGCGUGUGCUGUGGAUGGUCGCAUGUUCUACCAUAUAUGUAUUUCAUUUAUAUGACCGUACUGCUGGUCCAUAGGUGCCAUCGCGAUGAGAAGCGGUGCUCAGCUAAGUGUGGGUCACAGUGGGAGGAGUAUAAGCGGAUGGUGCGGUGGAGGAUGAUACCCGGCUUAUUCUGA